CAACUUCAUUCUUUUAGAUAUAACAUAAGAUCCUUAAACAUCAAGACAUACGAGACUAACGAUGUCUCAGAAAGGAAUAUCUUUUGAAGGAAAAGAUUAUUCCGAUCGAUGCCAACUCCUCUUAUUUCCUCUAGCAAAGCUGAUCUUCUUCGCAAUCGUCUUGUCUUCUAUCUUGCCUCAUGCAGAUGCAUUUGAUCCAUUGGAUCCAUUUGGUAACAUCACAAUAAAAUGGGAUGUCCUGUCUUGGACACCAGAUGGCUAUGUAGCUGUAGUAACAAUGAAUAAUUUCCAAAUGUAUCGGCACAUUAUGAGCCCAGGGUGGACUUUAGGAUGGAACUGGGCAAAGAAAGAAGUGAUAUGGUCCAUAGUGGGAGCACAAGCAACAGAACAAGGUGACUGCUCCAAGUUUAAAGGAAAUGUACCACAUUGUUGCAAGAAGGAUCCUGUAAUUCUUGACUUGCUUCCUGGAGUUCCUUACAACCAACAGUUCAGCAAUUGCUGCAAAGGUGGUGUUAUGGCAUCUUGGGGCGAAGAUCCUUCCGAGUCAGUUUCUUCCUUUCAGCUUAGUGUUGGACUUGCUGGAACAUCAAACAAGACGGUGAAACUGCCCAAGAAUUUCAGUCUGCUUGGUCCAGGACCAGGCUACACUUGUGGCCCUGCUAAGAUAGUUCCAUCCACUGUUUUCCUCACUUCAGAUCACAGGCGAAAAACUCAAGCAUUGAUGACCUGGAAUGUGACAUGCACCUAUUCUCAGUUUCUAGCGUCCAAGUACCCGAGUUGUUGUGUUUCUUUCUCAACUUUCUACAACGACACCAUCACUCCUUGCCCAACCUGUGCUUGUGGUUGCAGCCAUAAACACAACUGCAUCAUGAGCGACUCCGAGAAACUGAAAAAGAAGGGAAUAAAUACUCCAAGAAAAGAUAAUGAGCCAUUGCUACAAUGCACCCACCAUAUGUGCCCAAUACGCGUGCAUUGGCACGUUAAGAUCAAUUACAAGGAUUACUGGCGAGUCAAGAUUGCUAUCACUAACUUCAACUACAGAUUGAACUAUACACAGUGGACACUUGUGGCACAACAUCCUAAUCUCAACAAUGUGACUCAAGUUUUCAGCUUCAACUACAAGCCUCUCGUGCCAUACCAAUCCGUUAACGAUACUGGCAUGUUCUAUGGCAUGAAAUUUUACAAUGAUCUCUUGAUGGAAGCUGGACCUGCGGGGAAUGUUCAGUCUGAGGUGCUUAUGCAAAAGGAUAAGGAAUCAUUUACAUUAAAGUCAGGAUGGGGAUUUCCCCGGAGAGUCUACUUCAAUGGAGCUGAAUGCAAGCUUCCCCCUCCGGAUUAAUAUCCAACUUUGCCCAACUCUACUGAAAAACGACCAUUUUCAUUUUCAAUCACUGUAAUUUGCAUGAUUUGGAUGAUUUUCCUCACCUGGUAAUGGCAAAAAAAUUCCUAGAAUGGAAGCAACAACAGAUUCUGCUGGCCCUUCUGAUAAUAUUUAGACUGUGUUCCAACAUUGAAAGAGCUUGCUUAGGUUGGUUUUAUAUUGCAUGCAUAUAGAGAGAACAGUGAGAUUGCACCUUGUCUAUUUUGUUAUAUAUCUGGAGAUAGUAUUUCAUUUCACUUAUGUAUAAGAUUCUUGCUUCGCCAAAUCUUUCUUAACAUCAUUCAAUAGUGUACAUCAAAAUUUUCAA